AUGGAAGAGAUUUUCGGACAUCUACAACCACUGGAUGUUCUUCAUCUCUCCUGGACGUCCAAGGAUUUCCACUCGCUGCUUAUGCGCCGAUCGUCUGUCUUUAUCUGGAGGGCGGCUUUUGCUAACGUUCCUGAUCUGCCGGAUCUACCGCCAGACAUGACCGAGCCGCAAUACGCUCGCCUCGCGUUCGCUCCAUUAUGUUCGUUCUGCAACAGCCCCGGGGUUCGUAAAAUUGAGUGGCGACUUCGUUGCCGUGCAUGCCCCCGUUGCGUUAAAUCUGAACUGGAGGAACGGUAUGACUACGAGGGCAUAUUCAUACCUUCUCGACAAACGAAGUAUUAUUAUCGUUAUAUAUUCAUCAAGUCCGUAAGAGAGGAGUUCUGUAGACAGGUGUCAGAAAUGGACGAUGCAGCAGCGGAAGUCUUCAAAAAGCAAGCUCGCGAUCGUGUGAACGCCAUCAAUGCACAUGCUAAACUCUGCGAACAAUGGUCAGAGUCGCGUAAUCGCGAUCGUGCUGUAGUACUUGCCGGCAUUCGCGAUCAGAGGUACGAAGAAGUGGUCAGGAGGCUCACGGAGAUGGGGUGGGGAGAGGAUAUCGAGAAAAUGCGGCCUCCUGACCUCCUGCGUCAUCAUCAGCUCGUAAGGAUAAGCAAGAAAUUGACCGAAGGAGGAUGGAAGAACAUUUGUGCAUCGCUCGUGGAAGUCAUGGAGGGCGUCAAACGGGAACGUUUGGUGCGCGAUCUAGAGGCACUUCGCGACGCAAGGAGGCUUACGGCUGGGGUGGCUCUCAAUCGUUGGAAGAUCAAUCUACUCAAGCAGGAAGGACACCUCCCCCUCUUACCCGACGUUGCAGAUUUCGUGCACUGCCCCGAAGUCAAAGCCAUCAUAGAUUCCCCGGACACUAACACGAUCACACCGGAGUCGUUCGAUGCUGCCUUUGACGCCGUGCCCAAUUUUGCCACACGCUGGCGAGUCGAUGCCGACACGAUGCUUGCAAGGAAAGUCCGCAAACAAAUGCGACUCGCGAGCCCAACCGAUUUCAACGACGAUACCAAGCCGGACCCGGAUGUUCUCGACGCUAUGCUCAACCGGCUCAAAUUGGCCAAAACUGUGUUUAUUUGCAGCAAAUGCGAACCGCUCUCGAUGUCAUGGGCGGAUUACGGCACUUGGUCUGACUCUGAUGAUGGCUACGACUUCGUCCAUACCUUCCCGAUCAAGCCCCUUUUCUACCCAUCGGUCUUCGCGCACGAGUGUAGCAGGCGGUUCAAGCGCAUCAAGUUCAUGAAGUCCACGGGUGUGGCAGAAUACCUUUGGACUGAUAAUAUUCCGGAACGCUCGACAGACUUCGUUUCUGACCAAGCGUGCAGACAGCGAUGGUCGCCCGGGUGCCUGAGCCUGCAUGAUGAAGCGGAGCGAGCAAUGGAACAGCUGCUCAAAUCUUGCGGCUUAAAUCCGGACACGACGACCGCAAAAGAGAUGGAACAACUGGAUUACCGGUUUUCAUGUGGGUUUUGUCACAAGGUGAUGCCUUGGAGGACGACUAUUGGACACCAUCGAAUUCACGAUAACAGGGACAUCGCGUGGACUCGCUUGGGAGAGGAAGAUGCGCAGCGCGCCCGAAAUUUAGAGAAGAAUGUUGAAUCUACACUCGAGAAAUGGCAAUGUGUCCAUUGCAUCGACCUCCCUUCGGAAGUUGGACCGAAAACCAUUGAUGACUUGAAGAAACACGUGGAGGAUUGUCACAAUAUUCAUGAGCCCCUCGUGAAUCAAGAUUACUUCCAGGCAUUGGAGCAGCCACAACCCAACGCUGUUCAGCUUUGCUGA